AUGGAAAAGAUCACAAAUCGUGAUCUUUAUUUCACUGACUUUAUUGAAAUCUUAGGAACGGUUUGUUUGACACCAGAGCUCAUGACAAGACUGUCCGAACACUCGUACUUUGAACACGAAAUGAGAACAGUUGUCCAAAGAUUAUCAACUGAUGGCGAAAAACUGUUGUUUAUGAUGACAUCGUUUACCAGAUCCCGGAGCACUUGCGAUGAAUUCAUCAGAUUGUUGCGCGAAACCGAUCACACGGACAGUCAAUCUAACAAACAUGUCGCCGAUCGGCUACAGGAAUAUAACACAUCCAAAGGGAACUGGGAGUUUCGUAUGACACCCAAUCUAAAUGUCACCAAAUCUAAAGCUCCGUUAAAGGGAACGUUGUUUUAUUCGAUGACUAAAACCCCGCGCGGAAAGUGUGUUAUUGUAAAUAACGUACCAAAAGAGGUGCACAUAGAGUCUGAUAGGUUUAAAGAUAUAUUUCAAAAACUACACUUUGAUGUCCAUGACUGGUAUGACCUGACUGUAGAUAAGAUCGUCAGUAAUCUACAAGAAUUAAAAUCCGAAAUAACCAGCGAUGACGACGCCUUUGUGCUUAUGAUUAUCAGUCACGGAUCAGAAGAGUCAGUACUCGGUAAAGACGGCUGUGAAGGGCUGAUCACAUUGGAUGUCGAUCCCAGUAAUAGUGUAUCUAAACGGCAGAUCAAAGAGGAUGUUAUUGAAAUUAAAAAGAUUGUCGACAUAUUUUCAGAUAGCAAUUGUCCGCAACUUAUGCUAAGACCUAAACUGUUUUUCUUUACCUGUUGUCGAAACAAUCCUGUCGAAGAGCUAACAGGUCCUCAACAGCAACAACAACAUGAAAAAAGUCAAUCAACUUUGGCCACAGUUUUUACGGAAAUGCCUAAAGAGGGAAACUUAAAGACAAUGGACAAGUGCUGGUCUGAUGCCAACCGCGAUAUAUUUAUAUGCUAUUCAUGUGCUGAAGGAUCUAAGUCUUACUUUGAUAUUUUCAAUGGUAUCACCCAUUUUGGACAGGCGUUCAGCCAUUGUUUGGCACAGUAUGCUUGCGAGGAAACAUUGAACUCUAUAAUGAGUCGGACCUGUAAUUUGAUGCACCAGUAUUUUGAACAAACCGGAGAUUAUGCGCCAGAAUUUAGAGGUAAAGGAUUGAGACGGGAACUGGCGUUUAAUCCAUAA